AAAUUGUUGUUUUAGCCACAUUCGUCUUGUCUACCCUAUACAGAAUUGUCAGCGCUGCUUCAAUCGAUAAAGGUCACCUUGAAACGUCAAAGUGUGUCACCUUGGCUGCUGUUGAGCGGACAUCCAAAAAAAAGUAUUUUGCCUUUUUACUCCGUUAAAAUUUCGCGAAUUUUGGAUAAAUUUUCAUAAUUGCCGUGCUGACUCAAAGUGCAGAAGCUCCAGUGCGUGCUAAAAGUCACAAGCCCGCAUACGUGCUAUACACAUCGGUGCAUCCAAACGAUUGAUAAAGCGGUGACUGCAAACGGUGCUAGAGAGUACUAUCAGUUGAGGAGCAUUCUCAUGUCUCGACCCCGUAUAGCUAAUUUAAAGUGAAAUAAAUAGACCGUUGAGAUUGAAAAAUAGUUCAAAAAACACCAAGUGAAACCCGCUUAAUAAAAUUAGAUACUAUUGUGCGUGUCAUCAAGGGAAUUUGUUACUUCAUUGUUUAUUGAUAUACACCUUUAACGCGGAGUAAAAAGUGUAAAAAUGCCAAACGAGUUAAGGCAACGUUUCAUUGAGCGUGGCUCCCAUAAGGGCAAGGGUCUUGCUGUCUUCACCAGCGGUGGCGACUCGCAGGGCAUGAACGCUGCAGUGCGUGCAUGCGUACGUAUGGCCAUCUACUUGGGAUGCAAGGCCUAUUUCAUUCGAGAAGGCUACCAGGGUAUGGUUGACGGUGGCGAAAACAUCGUCGAAGCAAACUGGGCAUCGGUGUCAUCGAUCAUUCAUCGCGGUGGCACAGUGAUUGGCUCGGCUCGUUGUGCAGAAUUCCGUGAACGCGCUGGUCGCCUAAAGGCUGCAUACAAUCUUAUUCAAAAGGGCGUCUCCAACCUAGUUGUGAUCGGUGGUGAUGGUUCACUUACUGGUGCGAAUUUGUUCCGUACGGAAUGGUCUGGCUUGUUGGACGAGCUGCUAGAGUCGAAAAAAAUAACACCUGAGCAACGUAAAAAGUUCGACGUCUUGCAUAUUGUAGGCAUGGUGGGCUCCAUUGAUAAUGAUUUUUGCGGCACUGACAUGACCAUUGGUACCGAUUCAGCUUUGCACCGCAUCAUUGAGGCUAUAGAUGCUAUUGUUAGUACUGCCUAUUCUCAUCAACGUACAUUCAUUAUGGAGGUGAUGGGUCGUCAUUGUGGUUAUUUAGCCAUUUCGGCGGCUUUAGCUAGCGAGGCUGAUUUCAUAUUUAUACCCGAGGAGCCGGUCCCAGUUAACUGGCCGGAAAAAUUGUGCAAAAAAAUACUGCAGGAGCGUAAUGCUGGUCAACGCUUGAACAUUAUUAUCGUCGCCGAGGGUGCCAUCGAUCGUGAGGGCCACCCCAUUACUGCCGAGGAUGUCAAGAAAGUGGUCGUCGACAAGCUGCAGCAGGACACUCGCAUCACUGUGCUCGGUCAUGUGCAACGUGGUGGUAAUCCCAGUGCUUUUGACCGUGUUUUGGGUUGCCGCAUGGGUGCUGAGGCUACGUUGGCUCUUAUGGAAGCCACACCUGACUCAGUGCCAUGUGUCGUCUCGUUGGAUGGCAAUCAGGCGGUGCGUGUACCGUUGAUGGAGUGCGUUGAACGUACCAAAGAAGUCGCCCAGGCGAUGGCGGAGAAGAAUUGGGAAUUGGGUAAAUUGCGUGGACGCUCCUUCGAACGCAAUCUGGAAACUUACAAAAUGUUGACGCGUCUGAAGCCGCCAAAGGAAUCGAUCGAAAACGCAAAGGAGGGUUUUCGCAUGGCUGUCAUGCAUAUUGGCGCACCCGCUUGUGGUAUGAAUGCUGCCGUGCGUAGCUUUGUGCGCAACUGCAUUUACCGUGGUGACACUGUUUUUGGCGUGCAUGACGGCAUUGAAGGUCUGAUUGCUGGCAAUAUCAAGGAGAUGGGUUGGUCAGAUGUAACUGGUUGGGUUGGUCAAGGUGGUGCUUUCCUCGGCACUAAGCGUACACUGCCCGAGGGCAAAUUCAAGGAGAUUGCCGCACGCCUCAAGGAGUUCAAAAUCCAAGGCUUACUUGUUAUUGGUGGCUUUGAGGCCUACCACGCUUGCGGUCAGAUCUCCGAUCAGCGUCCCAACUAUCCUGAAUUCUGUAUCCCAAUGGUGGUUAUACCAUCAACUAUCUCGAAUAAUGUUCCUGGUACUGAAUUCUCACUCGGAUGCGAUACCGGUCUCAAUGAGAUUACAGAGAUUUGCGAUCGUAUACGCCAAUCGGCACAGGGCACAAAACGUCGUGUCUUCGUCAUUGAGACAAUGGGUGGCUAUUGUGGUUAUCUAGCCACUUUGGCUGGCUUGGCUGGUGGCGCUGAUGCUGCAUACAUCUACGAGGAGAAAUUCUCCAUUAAAGAUCUGCAACAAGAUGUCUACCAUAUGGCCUCGAAGAUGGCCGAAGGUGUCCAACGUGGUUUGAUAUUGCGCAAUGAGAAGGCUUCUGAAAACUAUAACACUGAUUUUAUACACCGUUUGUACUCGGAAGAGGGCAAGGGUCUAUUCUCGUGCCGUAUGAAUAUUUUGGGUCACAUGCAGCAGGGUGGCUCACCAACGCCUUUCGAUCGUAAUAUGGGCACCAAGAUGGCUGCCAAGUGCGUUGACUGGCUGAAUGAACAAAUUAAGAGCAACACCAAACCAGAUGGCACUGUGCGUUGUGAAAGCAGCGAUUCAGCUUGUUUACUCGGUAUUGUGCGUCGUCAGUACCGUUUCACACCUCUAGCAGAUUUGAUUGCCGAAACCAACUUUGAACAACGCAUCCCCAAGUCGCAGUGGUGGCUCAAAUUACGUCCCCUAUUGAGAAUCCUGGCUAAACACGAUUCCGCUUACGAAGAGGAGGGUAUGUACAUUACAGUCGAGGAGGAGUGUGCUACCGAUGCGGUAGCUUAGGCAUUGACAGCUACACUAGGAAACCAGUAUAGUAGUAGCAAGUGACUAAACACUCAAAAGUGUUCGCUACUCGUAACAAAAAAACACGCCAGUUGCAUUAAGUUAAAAGCUACAGAAUGCGUGAAAAUUGGAGUAACAUAUUCAUGAACAAAUAAACACAAAAGUAAAUAUUAAACGCACAUAAAUUCAUAUUUUUACUUUGCUGGAUUUGCAAAGUGAUUCGCUUCUAUGAUUUAAAUUAUUAUUACAUGUUAUCAUAUCAUUAAAUACAUACAUGCGUAAAUACAUACAUAUAUUCGUUGAAAGGUGUUACCAGAAACUCAGGUUCUAGCACAAUUCUACACAAACUAACGUUGGGCACCAAUUGUAAAUUUUGCGCAAAUUGAA